AUGAAUUUAAGCUUUAAUUCCACCAAUGGAACAGUUACAUUUGGUGAUGGAUUUUAUCUAGUUGCUUUCAGUUCUUUGGGAAAUAAGAACUACCUGAUAUUGGCACUGGGGAUUAUAUACCUGAUCACUCUGCUAUGUAAUUGUAUACUUCUCACUGUAAUCUUGAUGAACUCCAGUUUACAGAACCCCAAGUUUCUUGCAGUCUGUAACCUUGCUGUAGUUGACAUUUCUAUAAACAGUGUUAUUAUUCCACAAAUGAUUCCUGUGUUUGUAUUUAAUCUAAAUCACAUCAGUUUUGAAGCCUGUUUCUCCCAAAUGUUUUUCAUGCACUUUUUUGGUGACAUGGAAUCUUUUUCACUGGCUCUUUUGGCUUAUGAUCGCCUAAUUGCUAUCUGCUUUCCUUUGCGCUACCCUACUAUCAAUACUAAUGUAAGGAUGUUGUUUAUUAUAACUGGGAUUUGGAUUCUGGUAUUUCUGAUUGAACUUUACCCUGUAUUUCUAGCCAGUCGUCUGUCCUAUUGUAGGACAACUGUGGUGCAAAGCUGUUGCUGUGAGCAUGGCCAAGUAUACAAGUUAGCUUGUGGAGAUAUUUCUUAUAACAGAAAUCUGGCUACUGCCAAGACGUUAGCUUUUUUGCUUGGCCCUCUUACUUUUAUCAUUUUGUCAUACGUCAUAGUGGUCGUGGCAGUGUUACAAAUUGCAUCUAAAAAUCAAUGCUGGAAGGCCUUCAACACCUGUCUCACUCACAUGGUCCUUGUCCUCAUUUAUUAUAUGCCAGUGAUUUUGGCUUACAUACUAGGGAACUUGCGAUUAGUGCAAUCACUUGAUCAGUUCACAGCAGUCCUUACAGUGUCCACUACACUGCCAGCCAUGUUAAACCCUAUCAUAUAUAGUCUAAAGACUGAUGAACUGCAAGAAAAGCUACUGAAAUUUUUUAAGCCACAAAAAGUGUCACCGCAUUUAAUGUAA